CGCUACGCAGAAAGACAAGUCGUAGACGAGUACCUCUGCCGAGGCGAAUCCAAUUCAUCCAAUGCUUUUAAUUAUUACAUAAUUGUGAUUAUGUUCAUCCUCCGUCUCUGUCUCUGUCUACGUCUACGUCCUCUUCCGACUGGCUCCGUUCGCAACAACAAUGUCGCUCGUCAUUUCAGAAUUUUCUUCAACUCUUACUUCUUAAGGCAAAAGAGUCGUCGUCAUUGUCGUUCAUCUCACAUAUAAGUCGAAAAAAAAGAAACUAACAGCGAAAAGUAAUUGACUCUAAAUCAAGUAAUCGCUCGAUCAACAAUGCCUCUUCCAAAUAUUUGGAGAAAAGCGAGUAACUAUAUCCUUGGUGAGUGCGGUCAGGACAAUCGGCGCGUCAUUUAUCAAGAUGGCGAGGCAUUAUUUUGCAAAAAUAAUGUCUGUGUGCAUCCUCCUACGUUAAUGAGACAGCACGCCGACGUGGUGCAUCAUCCUGGAUAUAUGACUAUAACUUGCAAGUUGAACAACAAUUCCAACAAUUUGCCAAUACCGACUUUGCACCUAAGUUGGAUACCCAACAGCACGUUGCGCAAACAUCCUACAGCGUUGGAGAAUCUGAGUAGCAGGAACGCUAUCGCAACCUGCCCGAGUUCCUGUGUCCCGGCCUCCGGCCCCUCAAAUUCCCUCAAUGUUUCGGACGUGAGACGCGAGCUUGAGAACGAAAAUGAACAUGAACAUGAACAUGAACAUGAGAAUAGUACGGAGAACGAUAACGGAAAUGGGAAACUAGAUGUGUGCUUGGAAGCAAAAGAGUCCAUCGAUUGCGGAGACUGCGAACGCGUUUGUUCCAGUUCCAUCUGUCGUUCCAGUUAUGGCAAUGAUUUUCCACCUCAUCGAAAUCCAGGCAUCAUUCUUGAUUGCAAUGACGAAAAUGCCGCCAUCGCUAUCGAGACCGAGAUCGAGAAUCCUCCGAAUCGAGCGGAUUCGAGUGGAUUCAACGAAAAGAACGAUAAUAGAGAUCGACUGCUGAAAGAGCGAGACUCUUUUAACGAGAUCGAUGAGGAGCCAGGACGCUUCUCAUAUCGUGACGAUGUCAGCAUAAAGAGUCGCAGCUUGUCAUUAACGUCGACGUGCAGUUGGUCCAUCUCGGUAUCCACCGAUGGUAGAAUAGAAAAAAAUGCGGAAGAAAUGCCGUCGUGGAUGAGGUCUCCGGAACUUCUAGCGUUACAACACAAUCUUGUCUUUCCGGAGAGCGCGACCGCAUCGCCCGUGACGUUGCGUAGAGCACAUCGAUGCAGAAGGUUCUCGGUGGAUCUCAGCGAGAUGCGAUCCUUGCGGCUGUUCUUCGCUGAUCCUGCUUGCACCUGCGGUCAGUUGGUCGUCGCAAGCAGAGAGAGUCAAUACAAGAUCUUACAUUUCCAUCACGGUGGUUUGGACCGGCUAGCCGCCAUUUUACAUCAGUGGCAUCAAUUGCUUUAUCCGCGUUUAAACACCGACACAGAAGAGAGUUUGCCGUACAGGCAUUUUAUGGUAUGUCGGCCGGAAGUAAGUCGAGACGAGCUGCAUCCCGAAGAGGGUCAAGUACCGAUGAUCACGUCGCUAGCUUGGAAAGAUUUAUUGAAUGAACGGGGCCAGAUGGAGGACGACCUCGCUCUUCGUAAAGGAAUAUUUUUUGGGGGUUUGGAACCAGCGUUACGAAAGAUCGUUUGGCCUUUCCUGUUGCACUGUUACUCUUAUCAAAGUACGUACGAGGAUAGAGAGCAGAUCGACGCCAUUAGGCAGCAAGAAUACGAAGAAAUACAGAAACGCAGACUAAGCAUGAAUUCAGAGCAAGCCGAGCGUUUCUGGCGAAACGUAGUGUGCAUAGUGGAAAAAGAUGUUGUUCGCACGGAUAGGGCUAAUCCAUAUUACUCCGGUGAGGGUAAUCCCAAUGUCGAAAUAAUGAAGAAUAUUUUACUCAAUUAUGCGGUAUACAAUUGCCGCUUGGGUUACACUCAAGGAAUGUCCGAUCUCUUGGCUCCAUUACUAGCCGAACUCAACUCUGAAAUCGAGGCCUUCUGGUGUUUCGCGGGUUUGAUGCAAAGAUCGGUAGCCGUGUGCACUCCGACGGAUAUAGAUAUGGACAGAAAUCUAUGCUAUCUUCGAGAAUUAGUAAGAAUCAUGGUACCAGAUUUUUAUACGCAUCUUCAAAAACACGCGGAUGCCUUGGAGCUUCUUUUUUGUCAUCGAUGGAUACUCUUAUGCUUAAAGAGAGAAUUCCCAACCGAAAUAGCGUUGGUCAUGUGGGAAGCCUGCUGGGUCAAUUAUUUAACAGAUCAUUUCCACUUAUUUCUUUGCCUCGCUAUAAUGUGCGUUUAUGCGGACGACGUGAUCGCCCAAGAUCUUCGAACGGACGAAAUGUUGCUACAUUUCAGUUCAUUGGCCAUGUACAUGGAUGGAAACAUUAUACUUAGAAAGGCACGAGGCUUACUUCAUCAUUUCCGUCAACUCGUGCGAUUACCUUGCACAUUAGCCGGACUAUGUCGACAAUGUGGUCCAGGAAUGUGGGACAGCGCGCAUGAUCCGGUAAUAGAGUGUGUAGGUCAUGAGGAUACGCACUGUCCCUAUUUAAAUAAUUACGAAUAACUAUCUAAUUUAUAAAAGAAGAAGAAGAA